CUUCCUACUUCAUGUUGGAAUCCAAUUAAAUGUGCUGUCAAUUUCUUUUAAUCAGCUAAUAUAAUAAUACUUAUAACGCAUUUUUCAACCACCAGAUAAAAUCUUUAUUAUAAUCAUAGGAUCUUACAUAGAUUUGGACAUAACAAGACAAACAAAUACGAAGAACCUUUCUCUUUCAACCACCAGAUAUACACAUAUAAAACAUCCUCUAUGAAAAAUUCCCAACAUCAAAUAACUCUGACGUAACGAAUGACACAUCCUCAAUAUCUACCAUGUUUUAAAAUCUAAAGGCACUAUUAUACGAAACAGAUGUAUCAGAUUGUUUCUAUGAAUCUCUGGUAGGAUUCCUGUGAAAUAUUUGCUCUGAAUUAAUAUUAUUAGACAAAUUUGUGAACAUCACCGACUGGAGUGUCAAGAAGAGGAGCCUGUGUACUAAUUAAAGUUGGAUUUAAUUAAUGAAAGUGUUGCUAAAGAAGAGUAGCAACUGGACAGAAAUACAGCAGAAGAAGUGUUUGUAAGAAAUAAAGUACAAGAAGAAAGGAAGGAAAAUGUAUAAACUUGGAUUUGAGAGGAAAAGUAAUGGAAAAGAGUGAGAAAAUUAUAGAAUUGAUUUCCUCUCAACACAUGGUAAAACACAUAGGAUCAUAUGACUGACAUCUGUACAAAGUUCUUCUUAUAAAGAAUAUAACCUAAUUAUGCACAAAUGUACUCAGACAGGAGAGAAAUCAUAUCAGUGUGAUAUAUGUGGUAAAUCAUUCUCUAACAGUGGUCAUGUAACUGUGCACAAACGUGUUCAUACAGGAGAGAAACCAUAUCAAUGUGAUAUCUGUGGUAAAUCAUUCUCUAACAGUGGUUAUGUUACUGCUCACAAACGUACUCAUACAGGAGAGAAACCAUAUUAUUGUGAUAUUUGUGGUUGCUCUUUUUCUGGACAUACUGCCUUAACAAAACACAGUCGUCUUCAUACAGGAGAGAAACCAUAUCAUUGUGAUAUCUGUGGUAAAUCAUUCUCUCAAAGUAUUCACUUAUCUACACACAUACGUACUCACACAGGAGAGAAACCAUUUCACUGUGAUAUCUGUGGUACAUCAUUCUCUGACAGUAGUACAUUAACUACGCACAGACGUAUUCAUACAGGUGAGAAACCAUAUCACUGUGAUAUCUGUGGUAAAUCAUUCUCUUAUAAUUGUGUCUUAACUGCACAUGAACGUAUUCACACAGGAGAGAAACCAUAUCAGUGUGAUAUCUGUGGUAAAUCAUUCUCUCAAAGAAUUCACUUAUCUACACACAUACGUAUUCAUACAGGAGAGAAACCAUAUCAGUGUGAUGUCUGUGGUAAAUCAUUCUCUCAAAAUAGUACCUUAAUGGAACACAAACGUAUUCACACAGGAGAGAAACCAUUUCACUGCGAUAUCUGUGAUAAAUCAUUCACAUAUAAUUGUGUCUUAAUUGCACAUAAACGUAUUCAUUCAGGAGAGAAACCAUAUCCUUGUGAUAUCUGCGGUAAAUCAUUCUCUGAAAGUAAUGCAUUAACUAGACACACACAUAUUCAUACAGAAGAGAAACUAUAUCAUUGUGAUAUCUGUGGUAAAUCAUUCUCUUGCCGUGGUUAUGUUACUGUGCACAAACGUUCUCAUACAGGAGAGAAACCAUAUCAAUGUGAUAUCUGUGGUAAGUCAUUCGCUUGCCGUAGUAAUGUUACUGCACACAAGCGUACUCAUACAGGAGAGAAACCAUAUCAUUGUGAUAUCUGUGGUAAAUCAUUCUCUGAAAGUAGUGCAUUAACUAGACACACACAUAUUCAUACAGGAGAGAAACCAUAUCAUUGUGAUAUCUGUGGCAAAUCAUUCACUCUAAAUGGCAACUUAACUGUACACAAAAAUAUUCAUACAGGGGAGAAACCAUAUCAUUGUGAUAUCUGUGGUAGAUCAUUCUCUCACGGUAGUCACUUAUCUAGACACAAACAUGUUCAUUCAGGAGUGAAACCAUAUCAUUGUGAUGUCUGUGGUAAAUCAUUCUCUCAAAAUUGUGAUUUAACAGAACACAAAUAUAUUCAUACAGGAGAGAAACCAUAUCAUUGUGAUAUCUGUGGUAAAUCAUUCUCUCAAAAUAGUAACUUAACAGAACACAAAUAUAUACAUACUGGAGAGAGACCAUAUCACUGCGAUAUCUGUGGUAAAUCAUUCUCUAACUGUAGUCACUUAUCUAGACACAAACGUAUUCAUACAGGAGAGAAACCAUAUCACUGUGAUAUCUGUGGUAAAUCAUUCUCUCACAGUAGUUACUUAUCUAGACACAAACGUAUUCACACUGGAGAGAAAUUAUAUCCAUGUGAUAUCUGUGGUAAAUCAUUCUCUCAGAGUGGUGAUGUUACUGCUCACAAACGUACUCAUACAGGAGAGAAACCAUAUAAUUGUGAUAUCUGUGGUAAAUCAUUUACUAACAUUAGUCAUGUAACUAUACACAGACGUACUCAUACAGGAGAGAAACCAUAUCAUUGUGAAAUCUGUGGUAAAUCAUUCUCUAAAAACUCUAAUUUAACUAUACACAAACGUAUUCACACAGGAGAGAAACCAUUUCACUGCGAUAUCUGUGGUAAAUCAUUCUCUUAUAAUUGUGUCUUAACUGCACAUAAACGUAUUCAUACAGGAGAGAAACCAUAUCAUUGUGAAAUCUGUGGUAAAUCAUUCUCUAAAAAUGAUUAUUUAACUAUACACAAACGUGUUCAUACAGGGGAGAAACCAUUUCACUGCAAUAUCUGUGGUAAAUCAUUCUCUGACAAUAGAAACUUAAUGAAUCACAAACUGAUUCAUACAGGAGAGAAACCAUAUCAUUGUGAUGUCUGUGGUAAAUCAUUCUCUAACAAUAGAAACUUAAUGAAACACAAACGUAUUCAUACAGGAGAGAAACCAUAUCACUGUGAUAUCUGUGGUAAAGCAUUUUCCGUGUUUUAUUACUUAUCUAGACACAAACGUAUUCACACUGGAGAGAAACCAUAUCAUUGUGAUAUCUGUGGUAAAUCAUUCUCUCAGAAUAGUAACUUAACUGUACACAAACGUAUUCAUACAGGAGAGAAACCAUAUCAUUGUGAAAUCUGUGGGAAAUCAUUCUCUGAAAGUAAUCAUUUAACUGGACACAAACAUGUUCAUAUAGGAGAGAAACCAUUUCACUGCAAUAUCUGUGGUAAAUCAUUCUCUGACAAUAGAAACUUAAUGAAUCACAAACUGAUUCAUACAGGAGGGAAACCAUAUCAUUUUGAUAUCUGUGGUAAAACAUUCUCUAUCAGUGGUUAUGUUAAUGUGCACAAACGUACUCAUACUGGAGAGAAACCAUAUAAUUGUGAUAUCUGUGGUAAAGCAUUUUCUCAAAAUUCUAUCUUAACAAGACACAGACAUAUUCAUACAGGGAAGACAGGAAAAGGGUAGUUCCUUGUUCGCUAUAUAUUUUUAAUAUUCUUGUGUUUCAUGUAAUGGAAAAUAUGAGUAAAAAUAUUUCAAAAAUUUUA